AUGAGUUGGAACCCGCACAUGGAAGUUCAUUACACCUACACCGGCUGUCCUUAUAGCACGGCGGGUAGCUUUAUGGAGUAUUUUGAAGGUCUUACCUAUGAACAUGUGAACUUUAUUUUUUCAGGCGAUUCACAUGCUCAGGAGAGUGCUUACCCAACAAUGAAUACAAAUUAUUACAAGUUUGGGUUAUCUGAACCUGGGAAUACUUCAUAUUAUGAUCUUGGUUUUGGUCAUGCUUAUGAGUUGAAUGAUCCUGACCCAAGAGGUGGUGAACAAAGAAGGCUUUUGCAGAGCUCUUCAACAACGACUAAUGAACAACAUGUGGCAGUGAAUUCAGAAUGGGAAGGAAAUGCAAACACUUCUACGCGCGACAACCCCAUAGAAUGCCCACGGAGAAAUCAAAAUUCCCAGGAUUAUCAGGUUAUUUGGCAAGACAACAUUGAUCCUGAUAGCAUGACUUACGAGGAAUUACUUGAGUUAGGUGAGGCAGUUGGAACUCAAAGUCGAGGUCUUUCUCAAGAUCAGAUUUCUUUGCUUCCAAUCUCGAAGUACAAAUGCAGCUUUUUCUCGAGAAAGAAAUCACGAGAUGAGAGAUGUGUGAUUUGCCAGAUGGAAUAUAAACGAGGGGACCGACGGAUUACUCUACCGUGCAAACACCUCUAUCAUGCUGGUUGUGGGACCAGAUGGCUUAGCAUCAACAAGGCUUGCCCAAUAUGUUACACUGAGUGGUUAACAUGGAUUUGUGGUUGCAAUUACGGGAAUAUAAAACAUUGGGAAGAGGCUGAUUCGCGAUGGGACAGGGUUUGUCACAUUCCCUGUGAAGUACCAGUGUGUUGUUUUCAAACCAUUCAAAGGAGAGAUCUUAGAAGUUGUUGUUACUAUGGUGAACAAGACCUCGCGAAUGUGGACAGCGAAGCUGAGGAAUCAGAGAGUCCAGUAGAUGAGGGCAGCGGUGACCAUGAGGCCGGGGUAGAGGGUGUUGCCGAUGAUCCGGCAGAAGAGAUACCAGCUCUCGGAGUCAAACCAGUUCCAGAAGUCGUAGAAGCCCUUCUCGGUCAAGUAGAGGGUAGUGCGGUAAUUGAAAUAGGGAUCGAACUCGUGGAUCAUGGACUGUAG